AUGCCGAGGAAAGCAGCAGCAGAAGAAGAAGAAGAAGAAGCAGAAGAAGCAGAAAAAGCAGGAGAAGUAGAAGUAGAAGAGACAGGAGAACAGAAGCAGAGAAGCAGAAAAAGAAGAACAGCAGAAGCAGAAAAAGCAGGUUCAGAAGAAGCAGAAGAAAAAGCAGGGUCAAAGGAAGCAGGAAAAAAAGCAAGAGACGCAGACAAAGAAAGAGCAGAAGCAGAAAAACCAGGAUUAGAAGAAGCAGGAGAAGCAGAAGCAGAAAAGGCACAAGAAGCAGAGGAGGCAGAAAAAGCAGGAGAAAAGGCAGAAGCAGAAAAAGCAGAAGCAGAAAAGGCACAAGAAGCAGAGUCGGAAGAAGCGGAAAUGGCAGAAGCAGGAAAAGCAGAAAAGGCACAAGAAGAAGAGGAGACAGAAAAAGCAGGAGAAAAAGCAGAAGCAGAAAAACCAGGAUUAGAAGAAGCAGGAGAAGCCCCAGAAGAGGAGAAGCAGAAGCAGAAAAUGCCCAAGAAGCAGAGGAGGAGAAGCAGGAAUGGCAAAAGCAGGAGAAGCAGAAAAGGCACAAGAAGCAGAGGAGGCAGAAAAAACAGAGGAAAAGGCAGAAGCAGAAAAAGCAGAAGCAGAAAAGGCACAAGAAGCAGAGGAGGCAGAACAAGCAGGAGAAAAGGAAGAAGCAGAAAAGGCAGAAGCAGAAGCAGGAGAAACAGGAUUAGAAGAAGCAGAAGAAGCAGAAGAAGAGACAGAAGCAGGAGUAGAGUAGCAACAGAAAGGAGGAGAAAGAGAAGCAAUAGACGAUGA